CCAACUCAGUCCAUACACACACACACAUAUACACACACACACACACAUCAUGUACAGUGUGGAGGACCUGCUGAUCUCUCAUGGAUACAAACUGCCCAGGAGUGGCCCCGCCUCCUCUUCUUCCUCUGCGCCUUAUGACAAUCGAAACAACGAAUGUCGGCGUGAUAAUGUAGAGAACCGGCCUCCUGGUGGUGUUGGUGGUAGUGGAGGUGCUCUGAACGGGUUUGGGAUGACAGACGGGGGAGCGGACGGAAGAACAGAAGCGGGCAUGGGGGUGUACAGACCGGCACCGGUGAAGGCCUACCCUGAAAAUAACAACAAUAUUAAUGAGGGCCACGACAGAAUUCAGAGGAGGUUGGAGGUUCCUAUUGCGUUCCUUGGUGAGCUGCAGCCUCUGGGAGAUUCUCUUGCUACGGACAGUGGGUUCUAUGAUGCUCCCAGCCUGACAUUCUCUGAGCAUGCAGAUGAGCGAGAUCUUUCAUUCUGGAGAAGGAGGGGACAGGACUUUAGUGCUCUAUUGGACUAUGCUGAUCCCAGGGAGCUCAGAGUGUCUGGAGGAUUGUGGCGAGGCCCAGUGCUUACUGUUGAGGAGCUGAGAGCAGAGAGGCCACUGGCACGGUGGGAAGAAGCACCAUGGAUACGGGAACCAAUAGAUUCAGGUCCAGAGACUCUACGUGUGACUGGGGAGAGGAAAUGCCAGAGCCUGGGCACAGAGGAGUGGCGCCCUGCAGUGGGCUUGGGCCGGCAGCUGUCCGAUGGGGAGGCUGAACAUUGGUCUCAGGAACAGCAACACCGUCUGCGGCCAGCAGAGGGGAACGUGUCUGCCACAGUGCGUGCUAAGUCCCAGUCACUCCCUCGAGUCCUUUCCCCAGAGGAUCCACAUUAUGGAGAACUGCCUCAAAGUGGUGCCCCAAGUCAGCCACCCUCACUAAGAAGCAACAGCUCAGCUCCAUAUAAUCGAUACCAUAGUGAUUGGCCAGCAGGAGAGCGUUGGAGUAGUCAGACAUACAGUCACGGCCCUGCUGCAGUUGUACCAAAGCCAAGGUUCAGCCGCCCUGUCAAACCUCCAUCUUAUGAGACUCACCAGCAAAACAGGGGGAGCUUGGAAACUUUGUCCUCGGAACCAGUGUCCAAACCCAGAGACCGCUCCAUGUGCUUCUCUCAGAAUUUUGAUCCAGUAAGAGACAGGUCUGGUUGUUACUCUCAGAGCACUGAGCUUCUACGAGAUCGGUCCAUUUGUUUUUCGCAGACUGCAGAACCACUGAGAGACCGCUUGGUGAGCCACUCACAAAGUGCUGAACCAAUAAGAGACAGAUUUAUCAGUCAUUCACAAAGUGCAGAACUACUGCAGGACCGUUUUUUCACCCAUUCGCAUAGUGCCGACCUGUUAAGGGACCGAUCACUUUGUUACUCUCAGAGCUCAGAACUGCUCAGAGACAGGUCCAUUUGUUACUCCCAAAGUGCAGAGCUUCUUAGACCAGAAGCAUAUAGGGCAGAUCUGUUUUACCAUGAACUGACUGGCAUGGAGCCACCUGGUUACAUCCCACCCCCCUCCUACAGGAGAUUUCUGCCACCCAGGAGUGGACAGAACUACCGAGCAGACUCUGCACUUGUACGAUGGAAGCGUGAGCCUGUAAGUGCAGAGAUGGGCCAGUGGUUUUCGAGGACUUCAGGAUUGUCGUGGUCAGAAUGCCAUGAGGACCGAAGUAUGGCAGUAGUUCCGAGAAGGCCUGUGCAUCCAGGGCCUGUCGUACCAAGCCGUCCAGCACUUGUGCAGUAUGUCCCAUUUGAUGACCCGCGUGUCAGGCACAUCUCAGGGGGGCCCUGUGGAAACUCGCUCACAGACGCAGACAAGAUUCGACACGUCAACAAAGAGCUUCCCUGCGCUGCAACUUUAGGACAAUCCACACAUGAUAGUGCCUUCCUCCCUUCACAGGGACCGAGUCUUAGCAUGGACACUAACAAAAUGGCUCUCAAUGAACAGGAGAACACUAACCGCUGGCACAAGGGGAUUAACAAAGGAAGUGACAAUGUAGCACCUGAACAGAGCUGUGCCAAGUAUCCCACAGCCUUUCAUACCAGACCCCUGCAACCAAUCAUUAAAACAGACCAGCAGGCAAGAGUAGACAGAAUCCCUGACCAAGUCAAGGUAGAGAGAGUAACAGAGCAGGUAAAAGUGGAGAGAUGUACUGAACAGAUAAGAACAGACCAAGUCAAAGUAACAGAGCAAGUCAAACCAGAUCGAGUUACAGAACCAAUCAAAUUGGACAAGCCUACAGAUUCAGUAAAGUUAGACAGGUUUACAGACAAACAAAUAAAGGCGGAAAGAUUAACUGACCAGAUACAAGUGGACAGAAUCCCAGAUCAAGUCAAAGCUGAUAGAUAUACUGACAAACACAUUAAGCCUGAAAUCAAGGCAGAGAAAAUUCCUGAAAAGCCCAUAAAAUCAGACAGAAUUACAGACAAGCAAAGUAAAGCUGAAAGACUUAUAGAAAAGCACUUGAAGAUUGAUAGAAUUCUAGAAAAGCAGCUUAAAGCAGAUAGAAUGUUAGAAAAAAUUUGUAAAUCUGAGAAAUUUACUGACAAGUUGAGUAAGGCUGACAAGCAGGCCAAAUCAGACAGCAGUACAGACCAAAUAAAAGCUGAGAAGUUCACUGACAAGUCUGGAAAAGUUGACAAAUCCAUGGAUAAAGGUUCCUCAGAGAGUGUUUCAACUGUAAAGACAGAACCAGUGCAGGAACCUGAGAAAAAGAGUGUGAAAAAGAAACUCAGUGAGACUAUCUUUUGCCUUGUGUCUGUGCCACUUUCACAGUCCAGUGCAAAAUCUAGAGAUCAAAAUAACAAUGAAGAAAAAGAGCCAGACUCUCCCCCAAUUCCUCCUCCACCACCACCAAGCUCCUCCAGCGAGAACAGCAAUACACUCUGCUCUCUGCCAAACCAAAGCCUCAAAAGCACAUCCACCACCUCCACUGAUUUGGAGCUACAAGCACUCACGCUUGGCAGUGGGUCUAGUAGCAUUGCAACAAGAAGAGCUCAUCGAAGAAGGAACUCACGCUCCAGGAUCAUUAAACCAAAUCCACAUGAUGAGCUCCGACGUUAUUCUGGAGCUUGGCCAGGAGACCAGUAUCGUGAUCAGGAGACCCAAACAAGCCCUGAGCCCACAAAGAACAAUGCAAUUCAGGGUCCUGCCAACACAGAAGCACAAGAUGCUCCUUCCGCCCCAGAGGAAGCAGGUCCUUCUGAGAGUACAACAGUGGCUCCAGUGGCUGCUCCAGGGGCCCUUAGGGCUGCAGCGGCUCCAUCGACUCCAGCGGCCCCAUCAGCUUCAUCAGUUCCUCCAACUCCAGCAGCUCCAGUGUCAUCAGGAGCUCCUGACCCAAGCAACCCUUACGGAUAUCCCAUGAAGGGCCAAAAAAGCCUAAAACCAUCCAGCAACAGCGCUUUUUCACGGACAGGUACCUUCUCCAAGAGCACAGGUUCUCAACCUCAGUCCCCACCAACAGAUCAGACUGAAGAGGCAAGGUUAGCCACAGGCCCAAACCCAGAGACCUUUGGUCAGUUUUUGCUGAAGCCGGUGAGCCGACGACCAUGGGAUGCCAUUGAAGAACUCGAGACCAUAAAUAAGGAGGUGCAAGACCAAGCAGGUAAACACCCUAGCGUGGACCAGUGCAUUGAGGAUCUUAAUGAGGCCUACAAAGAUAUCAUGGAGCUCAGCACUGCCAGCAAUAACCUUCCUAACCUUCCCAACCGUUCCUCCAUGCAAAUCCCUGACCGUAUCAAAUCCAGGCUGUCUGUAGAUCCACUUGGAAUUCCUGCUACUGCACUUAGGCCCAGCUUAGUGCAAGGAAGUGACCCAGAAUACCGAGAGGUGAAGAGUGCCUUUUUUCGACCAUCAACCGGGAAGAGUGUGAGCUUCAGCAAACAGCUUAGAGAGGAGAUUUGUCCUGUUCCUCCCCCUCCAGAAGCAGGUUUCAGAGACUAUAAAACAGUCAUGUCCCAGAUAACACAACGUAAAGCCUGCAGAUCCGUUAAACUGGAAGCCCCACCCCCCAAAGAGACUCAAAGAGAUGACCAUUUGACUGCACAAACCUCCUCCACCUCUUCCAUGUCAGCAGAAUUCCCAUGGGCAGACAGACAGCCCAUGCAAGAUGCCUCCACACUAACGAGCCCCCCAGACUAUGAACACAUUUGUCAAACACUCCAAAUGGCCCGUGAAUCUGGGGCUGUUAGCCGAGCUUCUUCUGAUGAUGAGAACUGGGUACUUUGA